GCCAUGGCGGAGGAGGUGUGGGUGGGUGCCUGGAGGCCCCAUCGCCCCCGGGGCCCCAUCAUGGCCCUCUACAGCAGCCCCGGACCCAAGUACCUGAUUCCACCCACCACGGGCUUCGUGAAGCACACGCCCACCAAGCUGCGUGCACCGGCCUACAGCUUCCGAGGGGCCCCCAUGCUCCUGGCAGAGAACUGCUCCCCGGGGCCCCGCUACAACGUGAACCCGAAGAUACUGAGGACCGGCAAGGACCUCGGCCCUGCCUUCUCCAUCCUGGGGCGUUACCACACCAAGACCAAGCUGACCCCUGGCCCGGGUGACUACUUUCCAGAGAAAUCCGCCAAGCACGUGUUCGACUCCGCGCCCAGCCACUCCAUCUCUGCCCGGACCAAGACCUUCCGAGUGGACAGCACCCCAGGGCCGGCCGCGUACAUGCUGCCUGUCGUGACAGGGCCCCACACCGUGGGCAAGGCCUCCCAGCCCUCCUUCUCCAUCAAGGGCCGCAGCAAGCUAGGCAGCUUCAGCGAUGACCUGCACAAGACCCCAGGUCCCGCGGCCUACCGUCAGACCGACGUGCAGGUGACCAAGUUCAAGGCUCCGCAGUACACCAUGGCUGCCCGGGUGGAGCCCCCAGGGGACAAGACCCUCAAGCCAGGACCAGGAGCCCACAGCCCCGAGAAGGUGACCAUGACCAAGCCCUGCGCCCCCAUCGUCACCUUCGGCAUCAAACACUCGGACUACAUGAUGCCACUGGUGGUGGAUGUGGACGUGGACUAGCCGGGCCCCGGGCACGGCGUUCCCACGGCAGAUUCCGGAGGCA